AUGGACAGCACCGAUGCUGCGUCGACAGCGGUGUGGGCAUUUGCCACCGCUCCGUCGGAAGGCGUGCCAGUACUGGAAGCCCUUGCACAGGAGUUCGAAUGGCUGGGCGCGCUGCCUCUCGAUGAUCUGCUGACACACACCGACUCUCAUCACGGGCGAGUUACAGGCGCACGGGAGCUAAUGAGCGCCCUCUUGUCGGUGUCGAUGCCGUGCCCUUCACCUGCGCAGGUGGCCCUGUACGUGGUCUUUGCGUCGCGCGUGUACGUGGCACUCUUCGUGGAGACGGUGGAGCGAAAGCGCCGACGCCUACCUUCGGAGAGCUCAGAUUUGUUUGACCAUACUCAGAAGGAUUGCCUUCGUGUAUGCGUGUAUGCCACGAUGCAGGCGUGGACGCGCGAUCUCGUUCCUUUUCUCGUGCACUCGGUGCUGCCGUGUCUUCACCUCCGCGACGCGGAGCCUACCACAGUGAGGGCUUCGAACCCGAGUGCUUGUCCACCGGGCGCACCAAAAGUCAGUUCCGACGACGAAUCCGAGAAAAACUCCACAGAGAAGCAGAGGGAACUCCUCGAUGCACUUAAUGCGUACUGUGUGCGUGAGGAGCUGGUGCGCCUUGUCGUCGCGGUGUACCGCACAACAAGUGGCGAGGACGAUGCCGCUGCCGCACUGUUGCUGGCAGCGUACGCUGCGCUGUGCUACACAGAACCCUCUCGCUCCCUGGCCUCGGGCCGACGACAUCUUCGCGGGACCGCGGCCACAACACUGCAGCAGUGGCGCACACGUUUUUGGGACGAAAUACAUCCGGCAGCCUCGAGCAAUACGACAACGGAACGCGCAGCUCCACCUGACACGAUCGCAUACGGUGACCUCGAUGCCAUUCUCACACGGUGUCUCCGGCGCCUCCGCGAGAUCGCAGCUGAGCCGCACUGCUACAACUCCAGAGACCCCCUCUCGUUUGCACUGACCGCUUUGCAGGCUUGUGCCGUCUCCACUGGCCGUGCCGACACAUUGCACGCCGCGGACGUGGAGAGGGGGACCGCACCACCGGACAGCACCGCAGCCGGUCUAGCCAUGGAGCACGAUCGUGAUGUGGAGGCCUCCACCUUGGUGGCAUUGGAUGCGUUGGAUGUGCAGUCAUGUGAAGCUGCCGCAGAUCCUCCGGAGGAGCUCCUUUCUCUGUCUCUGUGUCGCCAAGGAGCACUGCUGCUUCUCGCGGAUGCGCUACGAUAUCAGUGCACAUUAGCGGCACAGCAAUCAUUCGCGUAUACCGUGUCCGCCUCAUCGCUGCUGCUCGGUGUCGCCGAUGCGUACGUUGUCGCUUUGCGGUGUGCGUGCAGCUCUGCCGUGCUCUUGCGGCAUUUACUUUUUCUGCACGAUAUUCUGUCGGCUGUGCCCAAGUACACGCUCUGCUGCGCCGAAGAGGCGGUGGGCAGUCAGCUACGGCCCAGUGGGCAGAGGAAUCUGGAUUCGUGUCUCACGAGGCGCUACGAGGCCUUCUUUGAUAUGGCAAAGGAGCUGCUGACAAUCUCGGCGCUGUGCCCCGUCGAGGAGCACCGACGAAUGUCCCGUAUUGUGGUACUGGAGCUUCUGGGGCGACUCGAGGAACGGGCACGGAUCCGUAUGCACGGCUCGCUCAUGGCGCUUUGCCCUUACCCAUCCAUCGCCCGUUUCUUUCUCGAAGAGUUUGUGCGCGAGUGGCGUGCGACGAAGAGCGCGAUGGAUCGUUUCACUGCACCGCAGGCAUCCCCGACAGACUCGAUGGCGCCUUUCGUGCUGCAGCAGUGUGCGCAAGCCUUUCUCACACAAGUGUCAAGCGGCACGAGCGGCUUCGUGGACCCGCUGGUUGUCGUGUUGAACUUUGUGCGGGUGGAGGUGAGCCAGCGGGCAUGGAUUCGCUCAUCGUGUCCACAGGCUGCAAUGUCAGGGCCUGGAGAUAAAGUUUCCUCUGUGUGUUGCGCAUGGUCGCAGUUCCUGGGUUCCCUGCGCGAGCGCCUCCUUCCUCGAUGCCACGCACUCAUGGAGAAAGCUGCGACUCUACUCGAAGACCAUCAGGCAACACCAUUUUCCGUGGAGGUCUCUCUCUCCCCGCUCGACUUGUUUUCGCUCAGCUGCGCCGUCGAGGGUCUCGAGCAGGUGCUAGGGUAG